AUAGCGAAAAAAACUGCUAUCCUAAUAAUCUGGACAUUGGGGAAUCAAGUUGCAAAAUACCACUUCAAGAUCUAUUAGAUCACACUACUAAUAGAAUAUUUCAAGUACCAGAAGUAUGUAAAAUUAAUUUAAGUUCGACAAAACUUGAAAUGUUGUAUAAACGAGGGUGUGAUGGCAGUAGUGGUCAGUCUCAAUAUAGACAAAAUUUUAACGACGAUCUUUUAAUAACUGAUGAAACAAUGUUUAUGUUUUCAAUUGUGCCACUAGAACUUCGAUCUAAUUCUGAAGUUAGCGAUAUCAAAAACAAUUAUGAAGUUAUUUGGACUAACCCUUCUCCAUCAUCCACUAAAUUUUGCCGUCCAAUCAAAUAUAUGUUUAAAAAAGAAACUAUCGAGAGUACUAAAGAAGAAGUUAAAGAUAUUGAAACACAAAUACUUAAGCUUAUAAACACAGAUGUAAUUUUUAACGAAUCAGUCGUUCAUGUCAAACAUACUCUCAUAUUUUCAAUGGUCGAUGGAAAGGUUUGCAAUUCUAUGACUGGACACUGGAACAUUAGCCAAACGUGUUACAUUUGUGGGUGUAAGCCGACACGUUUUAAUGACAUCGAUAGCAUUAAAAAAUAUUCCAAAUAAAACUGAAAAUUAUAGAUUCGGACUAUCUACACGCGUGGAUACGGUUUUUUGAAUAUUGUUUACAUUUUGCAUAUCUUAUAGAGUUCAAAACUUGGCAGGUCAGAGCUAUCAACAAAAAAGCAUUUAUUGAUAGAAAAAAAUUAAUACAAAAUAAGAUUCGGUCUGAAGUGGGACUUUUAGUCGAAGUGGUAUUACAAGGUAAAUACAACUAAAUAUAUAUAUAUUUAAACUAACGAUUUUUUUUUUAAAAAACUCAGGACAUGGCACUACUAAUGAUGGUAAUACUGCAAGAAAAUUUUUUAGAAACGCUGAAGCAUCUGCAAAUUGUACAGGCUUAAAUUUGGAAUUGAUUCAAUGGUGUGGAUAUAUUUUAUCAGCUAUGGCAAGCGGAAAGAUAAUUAAUAUAGAUUACUUUGAAGGGUAUUGUUUAAAAACUGCAAAGAUAUUUGUCAUGUUAUA